AUGACCUCCCAAAUCGACUCUGCUUCCCUGUCCGAUUCCCUCAACCGUCUCAUAACAGACGACCAACUCAAAUCAUACACACCAAAGUCACCUCCUUCCCGUGAUGGCUAUGGCUUUCGUUCCUCAGGCUUGAAUUCUCCUCUUCCCCCACACCCAGACCAAAAUCAUUCAUCUACCACACCUACUUCCGACCAUCUGGUCCCAGAUCCAAAGGGCUUGGGAGGCCCAGCAAAGUCACCGUUCACCGUUUUUAAUGCAAUUCCGGAAGAAAAGGGGGCCGGGGCCCCCAAGAUGGCCCGGCCCUUCCGCCCCUUCUUGGAUUGCUUGGGGGAAGACCCCGCCCGGGGGGCCUUCUUGGGAACCCGGGAGCGUUAUGCUCGGGGAUGUCCCUGCUAUAUCCGUCUUAAACCCCAUCUUGACCCCCCCCCCCCCCCCCCCUCUAUAGAUGUCAUCAACGAUGCUGUCUUUGCUGAGGAUCAUGAUGAAAUGGUCAUAGUCAAGGACAUCGAGUUCUCCAGUCUCUGCGAGCACCAUCUCGUACCAUUUACCGGCAAGGUCGCCAUCGGUUACAUCCCAAACAAACUCGUCCUCGGCCUCUCCAAACUCGCCCGGAUCGCAGAGACAUUCAGUAGACGACUACAGGUGCAGGAGAGAUUGACAAGACAGAUUGCAAUCGCAGUUCAAGAAGCGAUUCAUCCUCGAGGUGUGGCUGUGGUUAUGGAGGCGACACACAUGUGUAUGACGAUGCGUGGAGUCCAGAAACCCGGAUCGUCGACAGUGACCUCCUGCAUGCUGGGAUGCUUCCGCAACCAGCAAAAGACUCGCGAAGAGUUCCUUACUCUCAUCAAAAAGUAA